CUAUUAAGGAAAUGUCAAGUCUGAGACGACUGCAGUUCUUCAUUUACAACCUGCAGUGUUCUGCUCUGGUGGGUUUUACUUUAUUCUCCAUUUAUGAAGGAAUCUAAUUUCUUUAUUUUCAGCAGUGGUAAAGGAAGUGAUUACACACUGGACCUACAAAUUCAUGUCAUUAACCUGAUAGAAAGCUGGAAUCAGUGAGUGAUUAUUUCUUUAACAAAGUGAAAGUGAAACACUGAGCGUUCACACUGGAUAGAAGAACAACAGCAAAAUAAAAUGGCUUCAGCGUUUUCAGAGGAGGAUUUUUCCUGUCCUGUGUGCUGUGAAAUCUUUAAAGACCCUGUUGUUCUGCGCUGCAGUCACAGUGUGUGUAAAGUGUGUUUGCAGCUGUUCUGGGAGAAAAAAGGAUCCAGAGAAUGUCCUCUAUGUAGGAGGAAGUCAUCACUAGAGAUUCCUCCUCUAAACCUGGUGUUGAAGAACCUGUGUGAGACUUUCUUACAGGACAGAAGUCAGAGAUCUUCAUCAGAAUCUGAAACAAUCUGCAGUUUACACAGUGAGAAACUGAAACUCUUCUGUCUGGACGAACAGCAGCCGGUGUGUUUGGUGUGUCGAGAUUCAAGAAAACACACCAACCACAAAUUCUGCCCCAUUGAUGAGGCAGUGACAGACUGUAAGGAGAAACUCAAAACUGCACUGAAGCCCCUACAGGAGAAACUGAAGAUCUUUGAAGACUGUAAACUGAACUGGAGUCAGACUGCAGAACAUAUAAAGAUUCAGGCCCAACACACAGAACAUCAGAUUAAGAAAGAGUUUGAGAAGCUUCACCAGUUUCUACGAGAUGAAGAGGCAGCCAGGAUCAGAGCACUGAGAGUGGAAGAGGAGCAGAAGAGUCAGAUGAUGAAGGAGAAGAUUAAGAAGCUGAACAGAGACAUGUCAUCUCUUUCAGACACAAUCAGAGCCAUAGAAAAGGAGAUGAGAACUGAAGACGUCUCGUUCUUACAAAACUACAAGACCACCGUGAAAAGAACUCUGUGCACACUGCAGGAUUCAGAGGAGCUUUCAGGAGCACUGAUCCAUGUGACUAAACAUCUGGCCAACCUGAAGUUCAGAGUCUGGGAGAAGAUGCAGGACACUGUCCAGUACACACCUGUCACUCUGGAUCCCAACACUGUUCAUCCUGAACUCAGUGUAUCUGAUGAUCUGACCAGUGUGAGAUUCAGUGAUGAGAAACAGAAACUUCCUGAUGUUCCAGAGAGAUUUGAUAAACAUUUCUGUAUUUUGGGUUCUGAGAGCUUUAACUCAGGAACACACUGCUGGGAUGUAGAAGUUGGAGACUGUACUUUAUGGUUAUUGGGUGUGAUGACAGAAUCUGCUGAGAGGAAGAGGAAUGUGUUCUCCAGAAGCGGAAUCUGGUGUGUGCGUUAUUAUGAUGGUAAAUAUGAAGCACGUUCUACACCACAGAGAGUCACUCUGCUCUCAGUAACACAGAAACUCCAGAGGAUCAGAGUGAAGUUGGACUGGGAAAGAGGAAAUCUGUCCUUCUCUGAUCCUGUCACUAACACACACAUUCACACUUUCACACACACAUUUACUGAUAAAUUACUGCCAUUACUAAGUGUUUAUGGUGAAGAAUCUCCUCUAAAGAUCCUCCCAGUUCAGUUCUCUGUAAAAGUGAAUCAGAUCAUUUAGAGCCGAGUUUUAUUCCAAUUAAUUCUUUCUAAAAGUGUGUUUAAUAAAGGAACUAAACAGUUCAUUGUAAAAAUAAAACUGUGUUGUGUAUCAGGAUUAUGUAGUUUUGACUGCGUUACCCAGCAGCCACUGCACUGCCAUGUCUGGAUCACGUCACUAAUCACUCACCCCUGUUUCUCUUCACCUUCAUUUAUUUUAUUUUAUUUUAUUGAUGUACUUUAAAUUAUAUUAAAUAAAAUGUUAUUGUUAUGCAGGGAAAUGAACGGAGAAGAAAGCCGGAGCACUGUUCGCUGUGGUUUAAUGAAAUAAAGAGAGCUAUGAGCAAAAACACACAAACACACACAGCAGUCCAGUAAUAGUCCCAAGUGAGAUAUCCGUGGUACGCCCUGGAGGGGCGAGGUCCACAAUGUCCAGAGACAAACGCACGGAAUGACACGGGUAAAUCCGGGGUGCGCUUUGGGGAGAAAGCGCAGCCGUGGCGAGAGUGUGGAGUCCGAAAUGGAAGGACCGUAUAGAGAUACGCAAACACCAACAUAUACGAACAAUAACGGCCGGUGAGAGUGUGGAAGUGAGGGGUUUAUAUAGGAGCUGGGGAUGAGUGCUAAACCAGUCCCAGGUGUGCACAAUUGAAGCUGGGUAGUGAUGGCCGGUUCGUGAACGAAUCGUUCAAUUGAACCGGUUCUUUGUAGUGAACCGGUCGAACCGGUUCACCAAAUCGGACUGAAUCGUUCAAAACAGUUCGCGUCUCAAAUCAGCACUAAUCAACAUAAUUACUCAAGUUACUCACUUUUAAAUGUGUAUGACCGUCUAUCCGACUCAAAAUAAAUCAAUAUCCAUGAGAAUGGGGUUCUCUAGUUUCUCCAACAGUACACACA